CCGGCCAGCGGCAGAGUGUGUGCCCUUAACUUCACCUAAAACUUUCUGGGAAACUUAGGCAACAGGAAGAAAAGAGGAGGGAAAACAAAACAAAAAGAAACGAAAAAAAAAAGAAAAACACUGACUGACAAAAGUGUCGUAACUCGCUUCACUCUUGUUUUAAUGAAACUACUUAUUAUUCAUGUCUUUGUUUUUUUAAACUGCCAUGCCCCCCUGAGAAGUUUUGAAUGAGCCGGGUGACGCGUGGGUUUUGACUUUGACUUUUUUCUUUUUUACAUUUUUCUUUUCUUUUUCUUUUUUUUUGAAUUUUUUUACUCUGACGUGCGGAUAAAGUUCUUCUUCUUUCCCAAUUGAAACUCGUGAUGGCUGUCCUGUCACUAGCGUUUCUCCUUGCAGGAUUUGUUUUGACUUCAGCUGACAAGGCUGGCGAAGUUGAUCGCGAGGACCAGCUGAGGAGCCGCUUGAAGGAAUAUGGCCUGGUCACUCCGUUCAGCACCGACUCCCAUGGACACUACCUGUCACACUUGCUCUCAGCCACUCACAAGCAGCGCAUCAAGAGGGAGGUGUUUUCUUCUGGUGAACAUGAACAGAAACUCUUUUUCAACAUCACAGCAUUUGGUAAGGAGUUCCACCUCCGCCUGCGCCCGAACAACAGACUGGUGGCCCCGGGUGCGAUGGUGGAAUGGCACGACGAUGUUCAAGGAGCGGGGAAUGGCACGGGCGGCGUGGGUGACGAUGCCAGCGCCAACCAGACUGAGCGAAGCGGCAUGACGGAGAUGACACUGCGACGCGAACUGCUGAAGACCGACUGCACCUUCAUUGGGGACAUCUCGGACGUCCCCGGGGCCUCUGUUGCUAUUAACAACUGUGACGGCUUGGCUGGGAUGAUCCGGACCGACUCGGACGAGUACUUCAUCGAGCCGCUAGAGCGAGGCACUCAGGAGCUGGAGGACCAGGGCAGGGUCCAUGUGGUUUACCGCAGAUCGGCCGUGCUGCAGGCCCCCUCGGACAUCUCUGUGGACUACCAGCCGCACGAACCACAGUUGGACGUACCUGGGACUCUCAACACUGUCGCCCGGCAGGUCAACCAAACCAUACACCGCCGCCGCCGCCGCCGAGACGCCGGAGGAGAGGAUUUCAACAUUGAGAUCCUGCUCGGCGUCGAUGACUCGGUGGUGCGAUUUCAUGGCAAGGAGCAUGUGCAGAACUACUUACUCACUCUGAUGAAUAUAGUGAAUGAAAUUUACCACGACGAGUCACUGGGAGUACACAUCAAUGUGGUCCUGGUGAGGAUGAUCAUGCUGGGUUAUGCCAAGUCCAUCAGCCUCAUUGAAAGAGGCAACCCGUCACGGAGCCUGGAGAACGUGUGCCGCUGGGCGUUUGUGCAACAAAAAGGCGACCCUGAUCACGCUGAACACCAUGACCAUGCAAUCUUCCUCACUCGCCAAGGUUUCGGCCCCACAGGAAUGCAGGGUUACGCUCCAGUCACGGGAAUGUGUCACCCUGUGAGGAGCUGCACCCUCAACCAUGAAGAUGGCUUCUCUUCUGCCUUCGUUGUGGCUCAUGAGACCGGACACGUGUUGGGCAUGGAACAUGACGGCCAAGGCAACCGCUGCGGGGAUGAGACAGCGAUGGGAAGCGUGAUGGCUCCCCUGGUGCAGGCGGCCUUCCAUCGAUACCACUGGUCCAUGUGCAGCGGACAGGAGCUGAAGCGAUACAUCAACACAUAUGACUGCCUCUUGGACGACCCCUUCAAGCACGACUGGCCUCAACUUCCUGAACUUCCUGGCAUCAACUACUCCAUGGACGAGCAGUGUCGAUUUGACUUUGGAGUGGGCUAUAAGAUCUGCACUUCAUUUCGUACUUUCGACCCUUGCAAACAAUUGUGGUGCAGUCACCCGGACAACCCUUACUUCUGCAAAACCAAGAAGGGGCCACCUCUCGAUGGGACGGAGUGUGCUCCCGGAAAAUGGUGCUACAAAGGUCACUGCAUGUGGAAAAUCCCAAAUCAGGUCAAGCAAGAUGGGGCCUGGGGAUCCUGGAGCAAAUAUGGCUCCUGUUCACGCUCGUGUGGAACUGGAGUUCGAUUCCGGACACGUCUUUGCAAUAACCCAGCGCCAUCCAACGGUGGUCAGGACUGCCCUGGGGUAAAUUAUGAGUACCAGUUGUGCAACACUGAUGACUGUCCCAAGCACUUUGAAGAUUUUCGAGCACAGCAGUGCCAGCUCCGCAAUUCCCACUUUGAGUUCCAAAAUGCCAAACACCACUGGCUACCCUACGAGCAUCCUGACACCAACAAGAGGUGUCACUUGUACUGUCAGUCAAAGGAAACGGCAGACGUGGCGUACAUGAAGCAGCUGGUGCAUGAUGGGACGCGGUGCUCCUAUAAAGAUGCUUAUAGCAUCUGCGUGCGUGGAGAAUGUGUGAAAGUUGGCUGUGACAGAGAAAUUGGCUCAAGCAAAGUCGAGGACAAAUGUGGCGUUUGUGGUGGGGAUAACUCCCACUGCCGCACCGUCAAAGGCACCUUCACUAGAACUCCAAAGAAACCUGGGAAGACCAGAGGAGUUUUCUCCUUACCCAAAGGAGCACGGAAUGUAAUUUUGAAUGAAACAGAAGACUCUAGAAAUGUACUUGGCUACCUUAAGAUGUUUCUUAUUCCUCCUGGAGCUAGACAUGUGAUCAUACAAGAACAUGAGGCCUCCCCUCAAAUUCUUGCAAUCAAGAACCAGGCAACGGGGCAUUAUGUUCUCAACGGAAAAGGGGAGGAGGUCAAAUCCAGGAGCUUCAUUGACCUGGGAGUGGAGUGGCACUACAUCAUUGAAGACAAUGUGGAGACCCUGCACACUGAUGGACCUCUGCAUGACCCUGUGGUGGUUCUGAUAAUACCCAAGGACAAUGAGACCCGGUCUACUUUAAUGUACAAGUACAUCAUCCACGAAGAUUCUGUGCCCGUCAACACCAACAACGUCAUCCAGGAGGAAACGUAUGAGUGGGCUCUGAAGAGCUGGUCCCCAUGUUCCAAACCUUGUGCUGGAGGGUUCCAGUAUACCAAAUAUGGAUGUCGAAAGAAAGGAGACACCAAGAUGGUCCAUCGAGGAUACUGUGACGCCAGUAAGAAGCCGAAACCCAUCCGUAGAAUGUGUAACCUCCAGGACUGCACGCAGCCUCAAUGGAUCUCAGAUGAGUGGGAGCAUUGUACUAAAACCUGCAGCAGCCUGGGCUUUCAGAUCCGGACCGUUCGUUGCAUGCAGCUGCUGCAUGAUGGCACCAACCGCUCUGUCCACAGCAAAUACUGCAGCAGCGAGAAGCCAGAGAGCCGGCGACCCUGUAACAGAGUCCCAUGUCCUGCUCAAUGGAGGACCGGAGCCUGGUCAGAGUGCUCGGUGACCUGUGGCGAGGGGAUGGAGAGGCGUCUGGUGACUUGCCGGAUUGGAGAUCAGUGUAGCGGUGAAAAACCAGAGGCUGUGAGACCAUGCAGACCUGGACCCUGUCAUGAUGAACCGUGUAGUGGUGACAAAUCCAUCUUCUGCCAAAUGGAGGUCCUAGCAAGGUACUGCUCCAUUCCAGGCUACAACAAACUGUGUUGCGACUCUUGCAGCAAACGCAGCGGAGCUUUGUCUUUGUUCUCUGAGGCGGCUGAGACAGAGGAGCAUGUCCGCUUCGGAUCAGCCUCCCAGCUGCUUGAGACAUUAACAGCUUCUGUAGCGGCGAACGCCACUCGCAGUGGAAAACAAGGUUCUGGCAAAGGAUCCGCGGCAUCCGGCAACGCUGUGAAACACAUAACGACCCCUGCUCCACUUAAGAAAGACCACUCAAAGGUCACUACAAAACCAAGACGGGUUCCACGACAUGUGGUUCUCCCUGGCAGGAAGCUGCCCGCUAUGGCCCCAUUUCCCCCGGCAGAUCCUACCGAGGGUCAAAGGUGGAGCAGCUUGACAGAUAAUCGGUGGCCCACAGCACAUUCUGAAGUGGAGAGAUGAAGGUGACAUCCUUCCCUUCAGGACUCUUUAUGUACAGUAGAUAACCCAGCUUCAUCCUGAGUCCUCUCAUGCCGAAAAAAACACCAGAAAGAGAGAAACAGAGAGUGAGAAAGAAAAGUGCUGGUUCACUUUGUUAAGAAUUCCCCUGUUACCCCCUCACACUGACUUUAAAUAUCACUUCAGAAGCAUCUUAUACUGUUUGAACUACAACAGCUCAUGUUACUUUGCCAUAGUACUCGAUAUACUAUAUUUAAGCAAAGAAAAAUCAAUACAGUAAUUUCGAGGUUAAGGGCUUUACGGUCUGGAGGGAAUUGUCAUCCACGUCAAAUAAAAAGCUGAAGGAGACGCAGCUUUGGUAGUUUAUAGUGAAUCAUGUCAACAAUACAAAAUAGCCAAAGGUCAGUUGUUGUUGUUUUCCUUUUGGCCUCUCCCUCUUGAGGGUCGCCACAGCAGAUCAUCUGCUUUUUCAGUGAUCCGCAUAUCUGGUUUGGCAACACGGAAUGCCCCUCCUGACACAUUGGAUGUGGCCCCCUGUGGCUGAGUCUCCAAUUAACCCCAUCAAUGGGGAGCAAUGGGGAUUAGGUAUCUUGCUCAGAGGUAAAAUUACCAAAGGACAGUCCAAACCUUUCCAAAAGACACCGGCGUUCUCUACUCCUCUAACAUAUCGGUGGAUAUUAUAAAGAAAUCCUUUACUUGUGGUCAUAUUCUUGACUUUUUGACCAACGAUCCAUGUUUUUUUUUCCCAAAACCCUGAAGUCUCAGAGGAGGUAACAGAUUGCAGGAAGGUAUCAUAAUUCAAUGUCUGACAUCUCAGCAGGUGGUGAGGGUGACAAUGUCAACAGGUGCUGGCAUUACAGUAAAUGUAUUUUGAUAGUACAAAAAUAGUUACUGGAGACUGAUAUGUUGCACUCGACAGCAUUCAUUCUUAUACCUGCUGUGUUGUUCUUCUUAAGGUAAAUCCGAGAUAUAAUGCAUUUUGAAAAUGUCUCCAUAUCAUUAUGUUUCGAUCAGAACCCGGAGCCUGGUUUAAGUUUCUAAGUUAAGGAUAGUGGGAUAGAACAGCUGAUAGAACUGAAAGAAACGUCAUAAACUGUCAUUUAUUUGCCAAAAAAAAGACACAGUAUUUUCCCAGACACAAGAUUUUGGGAACAUAUGAAAUAGGAAAAAUAUCCAGCGUGAGGACCUUUAGGAAAUGGUUCAAGUUGUAUAAUUUUUAUAUAUAUAUACAGAUCCAGCAAUGUCGGUCUGAGUGUCACUCUUCAUUUUUAUGAAAAUUGUUAUUUAUAAAGGUUCCUGUAAAUACUGUAUAUGAAAAUAUCAGUAUUAUUAUUAUUUUUAAUUUUUUUUUUAAAAAAACAAGAUUCUCUUCCACCACCCUUUCAAUUUAUCCAUCAGAAUAACUGCGAAUCCUCUGAAUGUUGACUGUUUCAGACAGUAAACAGAUGAACUGACGGCUCGUGUCAUAUUUUAAGGCUGAAUACGUUUCUCGCCUAAAGGUUGAAACUAUGUCAUGUCUGUUAAAAUCUUUUCACACAUUUUUCUCAGUUUAAAUGUUCAAUAUUGUACUUUAGUGGCAUUCACGUGACGUUCAUGUUACCAAUCACAAACAAUAAAAAAGAAAAAAGUAAGGUGCUGCAGAGAAUAUCCUCCAGAGAGAUGACACAAACAAAAGGAAACCGACAUUGUUGGUUAAUAAUACGUUAAUAAUACGUUUUUAAUCAGUUCAAUUCUCAACAGCAUACUUUAUCCUAGACAGUAAAAGGUAAGUUUAGUCAAGCAUAAAGCCUGGAAACAGAGGGGAACAGCUUAUCUUAAAAAUCUAAAACAAUAAGGGCUGCAACUGACAAUUCAUUUCAUUAUGGAUCAACAUCUCAAUAUUAACAUGGCAGAAAGUCGGGGGAAUGUUGGUUAUAAACACUCAUUAUACUGAUGCUGAUUAUUGGAUUAACAAAAUUGUUGCUGAUUCAUUUAGUUGUGCAUAAUCAAUUAAGUGUUGCAGCGCCCAGCAAAGAAAGUGAAACCCUUUCUGAUCCCAGCAUUUUUUCUAAAAAAAAAAUUUCUAAAGAGAAAUUUGUGUGAAAAGCCUUUGUUAAGUUCAAAAAUUGUCAUGUCAGAUUAAGAAAAAUAAGUGUUCUCAAUGCUGAGUUUCUCACAAUAAGCUAUUGUUCAGCUCAAACCUUCACACCAUAUUUUGUAAGUGUUAUGACUUUUUUUUUCCUUUUUUUUUUUUACUGUGUGACCCUGAAAAAACCCAAACUCUUAUCCUGAAAUGCUUUUCACUGUUGUAUUUUCUAUUACGAGAUGCAGCCACUGAACUCCAACCUAAUAAAGCUGCAUUAAGUGACUUUUGACCACUAGGGAACAGUCAACUUAGGUCACAUUAACAUAAGUGCUGAUGAAUAACCUGUUGGCAAGCAUUUGCUUAUUUGCAUAUCCGGAGGACACGUCUCUGUCCACAUGAUGAAUGAAAGUCAAAUAUUCAGUCUCAGACUCGGUCUCCGCUAAAUUCUCCCCCAGCCGCUUAAGUUGAUUCCAAACCCUCACAAAACUGCAGAGGUGAAAGUUACCUUGCUGGGAGGGGUUCAGCUCUGUGUGCGACCGUUUCACACAGCACAACAAUUUUAAUAAUUUAUCUAUCAGAAAUAUGUUAAAUUGGAGCUCUCAGCCCGCUUCGCCCUUCAGUCUGAACACGGUUCUGUUUACCGCUGUGUGUUUGCAGGAACAAAGCCAGACUGUUUGCACAAAGAAACUGAAUAAUUGUAUUGUUUGUGGAUCAGUUCUUCAAGUAUUUUUCCUCGAUGGCGUUUUAUGGACAAAGGUUCAGGCUGAAAACAGAAAGGAUGUCCUCACAACUACCAUGCAUCUGACUGCAAUAGCAAGAAGCACAGUUUUGUGUUUUUAGCAGAGAAGUACACUCGCAACUAUUCACACUCACUCCUGUGUGCCAAUGUAUAGUACAUGUAUAUAGCAUUGAGUACAUGAAUAUUUAUUGAAAGUUAAAGGGUCCUGCUUUGUUUUUACAGCAUGUGAGGUGCCAAAUGAUCAAUAAGCUGCAGCUGAUUUAACAUUCUUUUUUUUUUUUCUUUUUUCCUUUUUUUCUUUUUUUACAUCCACUAACCCAUCCAUUAUUUUUUUUUUAAUAUUAACUGGAUCUUAAAAACACAAUAGAUUAGAAAUGACAUUGUUGUUUUUUUUGCAAAACAAUUAGAUGUAAAUGUACAUGCUCACUUUUGAGAUGUUUUACUUUUUGUCAGAAGGCUGUCCUUUGUUUGCGACGGCGGUUUCGUAGAACAGAGCUGUAACAUCGCCGUAACGUGUACCGACCAGACAAAUGCUUUUAUUAUAACCAAUAAAACAUAAAUAGUGUAGUACCAGUAAACCAGUAAUGUUGUUUUAAUGCUGUUUGUAGUUGUCAGUUUUGUCUAAACAUUAUUUUCAUUCUCCUCCCCAGUUCUUUUUUUACAUCCUUGACUUGCUGCCUGUAAAACAUUGCUGCUAAUGUUAUAGAGAGCUUGUUAUGAUAAAUAGGAUAGUUAUAGAUGUUACAUUGACAAUCCCUGAGCCUCAGACAGAUAUUACUGCAUAGGAUUUCCCCGUGCCAUGUACUGUAUAAAUGCCCCUGUGCUAUCUGUGCAGUGAACAAAUUCCAAUUGUAAUGACUCUCACAGCUCUUUUUUCGCUUUUUCUGUGUAUGUGUGUAGAUUGAAGUGUACACUACUGAUACUGUUUGUUGUAAAGGGGAGCACAUAGCAAUAAAAUAUAUGAUUAACUUA